AUGAUCAGAGCCAACGAAGCAGAGGAUGCCAGUGCAAUACAAGCACAUAUCAGUGAGGGAGACAACGAGGACGCGGCGGAUCCUGAUCAAGAACAUGACCAGCGCGAAAGUGGCUCGGAAGAUGAACAAUCACACGAUGAUAGCGAAGGAGAUAAUAACGGAGACGAUGGCAGCGAUAGUGCAGAGCAAGCGGAUCCAAUCCCCUCAGUUCUUAGUAUCAACGACCCGCGGCGUAUGCAGUUAACAAGAGAAGAGCUUGAAUGGGCAAGGGAUGUGAAAGAACUCACUAGGGGGUAUCCCGAUUUGGACAAUGUCUCGGAUUUCAUGUGUGCCCAGAUUGCUAUCAUUACACGGGGUGAUUUGGAUGAUGCAGUGAGUCGGGUUGUGGCACUGCAGUACUAUCGACAAAACUACAAGGUGAUCGAUACGGAAGACGAUGGUAUCCGAUAUCUGAAUUUCUUGGUGCCUUUCUUCCCAACACAAAUCUUGUCCUUCUGUUUUAGCAUUUCCGAAGGCACAUAUCUCUUGGUUCAGGAUGUAACAAAAAUGGAGACCUGUGCCCUCUCUGCUGCCGAUAAGGUUAAUGACUGGAUGGCAGCCAGCUACUACAUGCACAAUGCCAUGUGUCCUGAUUUUGCCACAAUACGAAGAGGAACCAUUACCCUUUUGGAAUGUGAAGGCAUGAGGAUAGACCAGAAGCAGGAUUUCAAGUUAAUACAGAAAUUAUUGUCUGAGCUUCUGUGCUACUAUCCAUUCAAGGGAGAGAUGAGGUGCUUUCAUACAGGAGUGGCCUUUAACAUUAUGGCUGCAAUAAUGAGAAGAUUGGUUCCAGAGGGCAAAAUAAUGACUGGUUGCACCUUCGAAGGGCGGCUCGACCAAUUCUACCUGCUUCCAGAUGUCACCACUGCAAACCGAAGAGUUCUCGAGCAACUGAUUCGAGCUCUGAAGCGGCGCUACGAGAACGAAAAGUCCUUUUCACUUCUCAACCCAGGUAUUGUCGGGAGUACCGGUAGCUAG